AUGGAGGACGUAAUGGACGCCGAGGACCAUCUUCACCGGAUUUCGCACGCUUCAACCCCUGGAAUGGGCUCUGCUGCCAGAGAAGUAUCUCCAGAGUUCUAUACCUAUACCGGAGGAGAGCCCCGUGCCUUUCUUGAAGCCAACCAUGUCAGGGAGCAGACUGCCCAGGCGACCAGCGAGGAAAAGGCCCCCCCCAAAAAACUAGCCACGGAAGAACCAGCUCCGGAAGGGGAGUCAAAAGUGACAUCUAAUGCUUCAGGUGAAGAUCAGCAUGCUCCAAAGUCGGAUGCUGCCGGUACUUCUGCUUCGGCAGAGACCAAGGACCCAUCGCCAACCCCUGGCGCCGCGGAGCAGAAGGCCGAUGAGGAUACUCACACUUCUGAGGCAGGAAGGCCUCCUACUAUGCGAUUUGCAGGAAGCCCUAUGCCCCAGUCUCAUUCAUUCCAGAGUCCCAUGGGACCGUGGGCGCAUCCCCACCCCGCUUUCGGCGGAGGCAUGCCCGUGCCGCCGCCCUACCGGCCCUUCUAUCCACCGGGGAUGAUGCCGAUGCCGAUGCCAAUGCCGCCGAUGCCUUCGAUGCCUCCGAUGCCGCCAAUGUCUCCUCCGCCAUUUGGAAUGCCCCGUCCACCCAUCAUGUCUCCCAAAGGACAAAUGGCUCGCCUCGAGGCCCGCCUUAUGAGCGGCUACGAGCUCCUGGCAUCUCGACUUGCCGAGGGGUCCGAGUCGGAUUUUCCCGUACCACCCAUCUACCGGCGAUUCAAAGAGUUCCGCCACCGCAUCAUGGUGGAUCUGAGUGACGAGAUUAGCGCCCUUGAAGAGAAGAUGAAGCAACUUGACGACCUGGACAGCGAGAACCGUAGAUACGGAGACGGAUUCCUUCCGGCCUCUCGGCGGCUCGACGAGUCAGAGCCAAACGAAGUGACGACAACCAGGAGACAAAUCAGAGACCACGCUUCGAAUAAGCUACUGCAGUACUCCACGCAGCUUGACAUGUACAAGAAGGCUUGCAAGUUUAGAGACGCACUGCCGGAGGAAAUCCACGACUACAGGUCUUUCCUGGCGACCAACGCACCCAUCGUCCCCAACGAGGCUCGCUUCCUCGACAAGGCGGGUGACCUGAUGUGCCUGGCCGACCCGCCGUACUACCUCGACAUGGAGAGCAUGAGCGACAACCACACACCGGCCGCACGCACGCCGCGACUUCUCGAGGCCCCGACGGCGCCCAACCCCAUGACUGUUAGAGGCGCGCUGGAGCAGGCGCGCGAAGCGGCGGCGGCUGCAGCGGCGCGGGGCGGUGGCACCACCACCAUAACCACCGCUGCCACUACUAAUACAGGUGCUGCCGUCGGUAACGGUAGCACGGGUAGGCGCCCGCGGCCGCUGAGCAUGGCCGUGCUGCGGCACAUGAUGGUGGGCGUAUGCAUGGCCGUCAUCCUCCCGAUCCUUAGCUUCCCCGUCAUUGCCGGAUUCGCGAGCCGGAUGACGGUGGUGAUGCUCGUCGGUCUGGGCAUGGCCGUGCUGGGCGUGCAGUCAGGUGCGUACGACGUGCUGGCCGGCCGGGCGAGCCCGGUGGACGGCGCGGCCGCGUUGGGGAUAUACGUGGGUUUUAUGACGAUUGUGGCCCUUACUUUUGGAUGA